AUGGCCUUUGUUCCUGCACCAGGCUACCAGCCCACCUACAACCCGACGCUGCCCUACCACAGGCCCAUCCCAGGCAGUCUCAGAGUUGGAAUGUCCAUUUACAUCCAAGGAGUGGCUAGCGAGCAUAUGAAGAGGUUCUUCGUGAACUUCGAGGUGGGGCCGGGCCCAGAGGCGGACGUCGCCUUCCACUUCAAUCCCCGCUUUGACGGCUGGGAUAAGGUGGUCUUAAACACGAUGCAGAAGGGCAGCUGGGGCAAGGAAGAGAAGAAAAGGAGCAUGCCCUUCAGCAAGGGUGCCGCCUUCGAGCUGGUGUUCAUGGUCUUGGCCGAGCACUACAAGGUGGUGGUAAAUGGGAAUCCCUUCUGUGAGUUUGGGCACCGGAUCCCGCUACAGAUGGUCACCCACCUGCAUGUGGAUGGCGACCUGCAGCUUCAAUCAAUCAACUUCAUCGGAGGCCAGCCCGCCCCAAACCAGAUACCCAUGCCUAACCCGGCGUACCCAGGUCCUGGGCAGUGCUGCCAAGAGCCAAGUCACCUCCCUACCAUGGAGGGACCCCCAGUCUUCAACCCGCCUGUGCCAUUUAAUGGGAGACUGCAAGGGGGGCUUACAGCCCAAAGAACCAUUAUCGUCAAGGGCUACGUACCCCCUACAGCCAAGAGCUUUGUCAUCAACUUCAAGGUGGGAUCCUCAGGGGACCUGGCUAUGCACAUUAACCCCCGGCUGAAAGAGGGCAGCGUGGUUCGGAACAGCUUUCUGAAUGGCUCGUGGGGAGCCGAGGAAAGGAAGGUCUCCUACAACCCCUUUGGUCCUGGACAGUUCUUUGAUCUGUCCAUUCGCUGUGGCAUGGAUCGCUUCAAGGUGUAUGCCAACGGCCAGCACCUCUUCGACUUCUCCCAUCGCCUUUCGGCCUUCCAGAGGGUGGACAUGGUGGAGAUCCAGGGUGAUGUCACCUUGUCCUAUGUCCAGAUCUGA